AUGAGCAGAGGUCAGGCCAAGGAAAGUGCUGAUGCUGAGGACCAAUGCUCCAACCCUGGUCUGAUGCUGGCCUCAAUACCUCGACGUGACGUGGAGACAGAAGGCAAAAUAGUGUGGCCAGCAUGGUGUUAUACAGCGGGCGAGAGAGGGCUGGGCGCGGGCCAGCGUGGCCUAAGUGCUCGUUUAUCUGACGCAGUGGGUGGCGUGAGUGGCAGCCGGCAGGUGCACAUUUCCAUACUUCCGUGCGCCGGCGCACGACCGCCCUUUCGGCUUGUUACAGUUCUCUAA